AUGCAUCCACAAUUAGAUAAAAAUAGAUUUGAUACAUGUAAUAAACUAAUGGAUGCAUUAGAAGAAUGUCAUAAACAAGAAUUUUUAAAACAAUGUCUUGGGAUGUGUAAUUUUGAAAAAGAUCAAUUACAAAAAUGUUUACAUUAUACUAGAAUUAAUGAUUCUAAGCUUAGAAUUAAAGAAAGUAGAAUUAAGCAAAAAAAAAUUGAUGAUAUUGCUAGGCGAAGAGAGGAGGAAGUUUUUGGUAAGGGGGGGUAUUUGAGAAAAGUUUUGGAAUAUGAAAAUAAUCAAAAAUAG